ACCAGCACGCACUUUUGCCGGCUCGUCCGUCGCCAUUUCCUUCUUUUUCUCUUUUGCUUGUUUGGCAAUGGCGGGAAGAGGGAAGACGCUAGCAUCAGGGGCCGCGAAGAAGGGGACUUCGCGGAGUAGUAAGGCCGGGCUCGAGUUCCCUGUCGGCCGGAUCGCGCGGUUCUUAAAGACCGGCAAGUACGCCGAGCGAGUCGGCGCAGGCGCCCCCGUUUACCUCGCCUCCGUACUCGAGUACCUGGCAGCUGAGGUUCUGGAGUUGGCGGGCAAUGCUGCGCGGGACAACAAGAAGACUCGCAUCGUGCCGAGGCACAUCCAGUUGGCGGUGAGGAACGACGACGAGCUAACGAAGCUGCUCGGAUCCGUGACCAUUGCCAGCGGCGGCGUGAUGCCCAACAUCCACAACCUUCUCCUCCCUAAGAAGCUGUCCAAGCCUUCUGGUGCCGGCGACGACGAAAGUUGAAACCUCAACAGCCAUAAAUACCCUUCCUUCAACUCAUCAGUUCAACCAAGAUGACGACGUGCUCUCUCUGAUCAGGUGUCUUAGCCUCGUUGAAAUUGUUGGUAGUUUGUUGAGUGGAUGAUCUUCUGUUGAUACAGUUGUUGUACAAACUGAUGCUUUAGGUUGCUCUAUUAUUAUUAUUAUUAUUAUUUUACUUUUUAUGGAAAAUUAUGUGGUUUUGUAUAUUGUAGAAUGAUCUAUGGCAGGAAAAAGACACCGUUUUUUUUUUUU